GUGGAGGCCGUGCGGUUCCGCCGGGGCCGCUGUGCGGGGACCGGAGCGGCGCAGCGCGGGCUCGGGGGGCGCGGCCGGGUCUCUCCCGGGCCCCCCCGAAGGCGCCGGGCCCUGGGGGCUGCUGUCAGCCCCGCCUUGACCUGUGUUCGGUACUCAGUGUCGCUGGGGAGGUAGCACUUAGCCGUCUUCUGUGGCCGCGGAGCGGGUGCGGUCAUCACCGCGGACCCACCGUUGGAGUGACGUCUUCUCCACCCGCCCCGGAUGCGUUGUAGUUUGCUACUCUGUGGAUCGACAGGCAUCACGAGUAUGGGACUAAACGCAUUCAGCGCUUACUAAAUGCCAGUUAAACCAAAGGAUUCACCAUCGCUUCAAUGGCUGCCUCACAGACUGCACAAACUGUUGCAUCUCACGUUCCUUUUGCAGAUCUAUGUUCAACUUUAGAACGAAUACAGAGAAGUAAAGGACGUGCAGACAAAAUCAGACAUUUUAGUGAAUUUUUGGACUCUUGGAGGAAAUUUCAUGAUGCUCUUCAUAAGAACCAAAAUGAUGUCACAGACUCAUUUUAUCCAGCAAUGAGACUUAUUCUUCCUCACCUAGAGAGAGAGAGAAUGGCCUAUGGAAUAAAGGAAACUAUGCUUGCUAAGCUUUAUAUUGAAUUACUUAAUUUACCUAGAGAGGGAAAAGAUGCCCUUAAGCUUUUAAAUUACAGAACACCUGCUGCGACACAUGGAGAUGCUGGUGACUUUGCAAUGACUGCAUACUUUGUGUUGAAGCCAAGAUGUUUGCAGAAGGGAAGCUUAACCAUACAGCAAGUAAACGACCUUCUAGACUCGGUUGCCAGCAAUAACUCUGCCAAAAGAAAAGACCUAACCAAAAAGAGUCUUCUUCAGCUCAUAACACAGAGUUCAGCACUUGAACAGAAGUGGCUCAUACGGAUGAUCGUAAAGGACUUAAAGCUUGGUGUCGGUGAGCAAACUAUAUUCUCUGCCUUUCAUGCUGAUGCUGUUGAGCUGCAUAAUGUUACCACCGAUCUGGAAAAGGUCUGUAGGCAACUACAUAAUCCUUCCGUGGGACUCAGUGAUAUUUCUAUCACUUUAUUUUCUGCCUUUAAACCAAUGUUAGCUGCUGCAGCAGAUAUUGAGCGCAUCGAAAAGGAUAUGAAGCACCAGAGCUUCUACAUUGAAACCAAGCUAGAUGGUGAGCGUAUGCAGAUGCACAAGGAUGGGGAUGUCUAUCAGUACUUCUCCCGAAAUGGAUAUAACUACACUGACCAGUUUGGUGCUUCUCCACAUGAAGGUUCUCUUACCCCAUUCAUUCACAGUGCAUUCAAAACAGAGUCACAGAGUUGUAUCCUCGAUGGGGAGAUGAUGACCUACAGCCCAGAUACACAGACUUUUAUGCAAAAGGGGAGUAAGUCUGACAUUAAACAAAUGGUAGAAGAUUCUGAUCUGCAAACAUGUUACUGUGUUUUUGAUGUAUUGAUGGUUAAUAAUAAAAAACUUGGACGUGAGACCUUGAGAAACAGAUACGAGAUUCUUAGUAGUGUUUUUACACCAGUGCCAGGUAGAAUAGAAAUUGUGCAGAAAACACUAGCUCAUACCAAGAGUGAAGUAAUUGAUGCAUUGAACGAAGCCAUAGAUAAGAGAGAAGAAGGAAUCAUGAUAAAACAUCCUCUGUCCAUUUACAAGCCAGACAAAAAGGGUGAAGGGUGGUUGAAAAUUAAGCCAGAGUAUGUCGGUGAACUAAUGGAUAAACUGGACAUCUUAAUUGUUGGGGGCUAUUGGGGUAAAGGUUUACGGGGUGGAAUGAUGUCUCACUUUUUGUGUGCUGUGGCAGAGAGGCCCCCUCCUGGUGAAAAGCCAUCAGUAUUUCAUACUCUCUGUCGUGUUGGCUCAGGAUACACCAUGAAAGAACUAUACAAUCUGGGUUUGAAAUUGGCCAAACACUGGAAGCCAUUUCAUAGAAAAGCUCCUCCAGGUAGUAUUUCUUGUGGAACAGAGAAGCCGGAAGUAUACAUUGAACCUCGCAAUUCUGUCAUUGUCCAAGUUAAGGCAGCAGAGAUUGUCCCCAGUACUAUGUAUAAAACUGGCUGCACCUUGCGUUUUCCACGAAUUGAGAAGAUAAGAGAUGACAAAGAAUGGCAUGAAUGCAUGACUCUGGAUGACUUAGAACAACUCAGGGGAAGAGCAUCUGGGAAGCUCGCAUCUAAACACCUCUGUGUAGGUGCUGAUGAUGAACCCCAAGAAAAAAAGCGUAAAGCUGCCCCCAAGAUGAAGAAGGUUAUUGGAAUUAUUGAACAUUUAAAAGCACCGAACCUUUCUAACAUAAACAAGGUUUCUAAUAUAUUUGAAGAUGUAGAGUUUUGUGUCAUGAGUGGAACAGACAGCCAUCCAAAGCCUGACCUAGAGAACAGAAUCGCAGAACUUGGUGGUUAUAUAGUACAGAAUCCAGGCCCGGACACGUACUGUGUAAUUGCAGGGUCUGAGAACAUCAGAGUGAAAAAUAUUAUUUCUUCAGAUAAGCACGACGUUGUCAAGCCUGCAUGGCUUCUGGAGUGUUUUAAGUCCAAAAGCUGCGUGCCUUGGCAGCCACGCUUUAUGAUCCACAUGUGUCCAUCAACAAAAAAACAUUUUGCCCUUGAAUAUGAUUGCUAUGGGGAUAGUUAUUUUGUUGACACAGAUGUGAACCAACUGAAGGAAGUAUUCUCAGGAAUUAAAAAUUCUGAUGAGCAGACUCCCGAAGAAAUGGCUUCUGUGAUUCCUGAUUUAGAAUUUCGUUAUUCCUGGGACCAGUCUCCUCUCAGUAUGUUUCGACACCACACUGUCUAUUUGGACUUGUAUGCUGUGAUUAAUGACUUGAGCACCAAAAUUGAGGCAAUAGGAUUAGCUACUAAGGCCUUGCAGCUUCGAUUUCACGGAGCAAAAUUAGUUUCUUGUUUAGCUGAGGGAGUGUCUCAUGUAAUCAUUGGGGACGAUCAUAGUCGUGUUCCGGAUUUUAAAGCUUUUAGAAGAACUCUUAAGAGAAAGUUUAAGAUCCUGCAAGAAGGUUGGAUAACUGAUUCAAUAGACAAGUCUGAAUUACAAGAAGAAAAUCAGUAUUUGAUUUAAAGCUGUCCAUAAUAAUGAGGAAAGCUCUGUGAUCUGGUGAAUCCGUUACAUCAUUAAAGUUUUUAAGUGUAAACUUUAAAAGACAAAAAAGUAUUAUUAGAUGUAAGAAAAUAAUUUUACCUUUUAAGAUUGAAAAAACUGACUCAAAAUGAAGAAGCAACUCGGUAGUGUAAUAUUUGAUUAUUAUAAAGAUGAAAUAAUUUAACAGUUUAAGAAGUAUUUGCAUAAUAGUUAUAGAAAUAUAGAAUUUUGAGGCAUUAAAAAUAACCUUCCAAACAUGGUUUUAUGAAUUAAAAUUAAAAAUUAAAUGAUAGUCAUUAGCUAAUAAAAGCAUUGCAAGACAAAGGGAAUAUUGUUAUAAUUGAACCUUUAAAAUUUUUUUUAAAGUAUUGUCAAUUUUUUUAACUAAAUUAGGGAAAAUUUUAAGUCUAAAUACUUAAAAUUGAAAAAAAUACAAUUUUAGAAGCAGACCAGAUUUUAAUUUUUUUCUGAAAUAAAACAUUUUUAAGAAAGUAUUUUUUCUGUGAAUUUGUACUUGAAUAUAAAUAGUAUUCACAAAGUGUAAUAGUCCUAGAUAUAAUCCAUUGAGCAGUUUUCAACAUAGCAUACACAUUGUAACUUUCAUUAGAGGGAAAUGUUCUCAUUUUUUAAGAUGACUUUAUAAUUAUGUUAUUUAAAUAAAGUGAAUAUAUAUAAUAUUAUUUCUGGGUUUUUAUAUCAAAUGUUGGAAUACAGCCUAUAUAUUUUGGAAAAAUACGUUCAUGACAGUAUUGGAAUGUAUGGAAUUUGGUGCAUAGGAUACUGUGGAAAUGAUUUGAAAGUAACAAAGCUUUAUUCAAAUAGUGGAACAAAUGUAUGUGAUUUUGUUGGUUCUUAAAUAAAAUAUUUAAUAUAUUAUUAACAUCA